UGCUGGUAUGUGUGGGCACGAGACUAUAUAUGGGGGCUGAGAGAGGUGGGAGAGAGCAAUGUAAGGGAAGGGGGUCAGAGACAGACCCUCUCUCUGACCCUCUCUACAUCUGGUGAAGCAAUGGCUACCGGUGGAUCAGAUUCUGUAAUACAUCUCUAUGACCUUCACACUCACCAAAGACUGCACACUUACAGUGCCAGCUCUAACAGAACAGUUAUGGAUGGGCAUCGUUUUCGAGUGUUUGCAGUGAAUUUUCACCCCAACAGAGAGAGAGAGUUCAUUUCAGGAGGAUGGGACAACACUAUUCAAUUCUGGGAUACCAGACAACAGAACUCUGUCAGGAUGGUACUAGGUCCACAUGUGUGUGGGGACUGUCUGCAGAUUGACCCGGUGGCCAAUCAUAUCCUGUCUGGGUCCUGGAGAAAAGAGAAGGCCCUUGAGAUCUUUGAUUAUGAUUCAGGUCAGAAAAUAUCAGAGGCCCCCAACGAUCCUCAGGGACAGAGCAGAAUCUACACUUGUCACUGGCUGGGCCAAGAUCACAUUAUAGCAGGUGGUAGCCAGUCAAAUAUGCUGAGAGUCAUCGACCGCCAGACCUUGUUGUGUGUUUCCAGACUGAUUGGUCUACCUUCAGCGGUGUUCAGUUCCAGUGUCUGUCCAAAGGGAAGGUGGAUGGGAUUAAUCGCAGCCUCUUCAGGGAAAAGAGUCUUCCUGUUGAACAGGAGCAAUCAGUGAAUCAGGACUGAACUAAUUUUUCCUCAAGACAAAGGAAAUAUAAAUAUACCAUUGGCUGUUUUGUACUACAUGAU